AUGGGUCUAGAUAUUGGAAGUGAAGUUUGGCUUUCAGAUAUAAUAGAAGAUCUAAAUGCUAUAUGCACUGAAGUGGAUGAGAAGUUAGAAAAUAAUAAAAAGCAACGGAAGAUGUGCAAGCGUCGUAUUGAAUUGGAAUCACAGCAUGAAGCAUUAAAUCAGCAACUAUCAGAACUAUGCCGUCGUCAUGAUGACUUAGAUAAAGUGUGUGAGAUGGUUAAAACCAGGCUGACGAUUGCAGAAAGUGAUCAGAACAAAUUGGAAAAUUCCAGAGAACUGUUCCAGAUAGCAAAGGAGUUGACUGGAAUCAGAAUAGAUUUUGCAUUCUCUUCUGAACAUCCCGAUAUUGCCAAGGGCUAUAUAAAGAACCAAGCAAAACGUCUUUUGGAACCGUUCGAGAUGAAACACAACAGUGAUGCCUUGUGGGACCAAAUUGCUACCAUCUUUGAUGUUAAUGACAGUGAGAACCGUCCGCUCAACAGACAGUAG